AGGAGUGAACGGGGCGGUGCUGACGGAGGCUUUAACACACAAGAAGAUCAUCGCUAAGGGAGAGGAGCUGAUGAGCCCUCUGAACCUGGAGCAGGCGUCCUCAGCUCGCGAUGCUUUGUCCAAGGCGGUGUACGGACGCACCUUCACCUGGCUGGUGAACAAGAUCAACGCUUCACUGACAUACACGGACGACUCCUCAAAGCAUUACUCCGUCAUCGGCCUCCUCGACAUCUACGGCUUCGAGGUCUUCCAGCACAACAGCUUCGAGCAGUUCUGCAUCAACUACUGCAAUGAGAAGCUGCAGCAGCUCUUCAUCGAACUCACCCUGAAGUCUGAGCAGGAGGAGUACGAGGCCGAGGGCAUCACGUGGGAGCCAGUGCAGUACUUCAACAACAAGAUCAUCUGUGACCUGGUGGAGGAGAAGUUCAAAGGCAUCAUCUCCAUCCUGGAUGAAGAGUGUCUGAGACCCGGAGAUGCCAACGACCUCACCUUCCUGGAGAAGCUGGAGGACACCGUGGGAGGACACGCUCACUUUGUCACGCACAAGCUGGCGGAUACAAAGACCCGGAAGGUGAUGGCCCGAGACGAGUUCAGACUGCUGCAUUACGCCGGAGAGGUCAACUACAACGUCAACGGAUUUCUGGACAAGAACAACGACCUGCUCUUCAGGAACCUGAAAGAGGUGAUGUGCAUGUCGGAGAACAAGAUCCUGACCAAGUGUUUCGACAGAGAGGAGCUGAGUGACAAGAAACGUCCGGAAACGGCGGCCACUCAGUUCAAAGCAAGCCUGGCGAAACUGAUGGAGAUCCUGAUGUCGAAGGAGCCGUCGUACGUCCGCUGCAUCAAGCCCAAUGACUCCAAGCAGUCAGGGCGGUUUGACGAUGUUCUGAUCCGGCACCAGGUGAAGUAUCUGGGUCUGAUGGAGAACCUGAGGGUGAGGAGAGCCGGCUUCGCCUACAGGCGGCGCUACGAGGUCUUCCUCCAGAGGUAUAAGUCCCUGUGUCCGGACACAUGGCCGAGCUGGCAGGGGAAGCUUCCUGAAGGCGUGGCGACGCUGGUGAAACAUCUGGGAUACAAACCUGAGGAGUACAAAAUGGGGAGAUCCAAAAUCUUCAUCCGCUUCCCGAAGACGUUGUUUGCCACUGAAGACGCUCUGGAGACCAGGAAGCACAGUCUGGCCACCAAGCUGCAGGCCGGAUGGAGAGGAUACAGCCAGAAGACCAAGUUCCAGAAGCUCAGAACCUCAGCUGUUAGGGUGCAGGCGUGGUGGAGAGGGAUCCUGGCCCGGAGGAGAGCGCAGCGCCGCAGGCAGGCGGCUGAUACCAUCCGCAGGUUCGUCAAAGGCUUCAUCUACCGCCACAGGGAGCGAUGUCCAGAAAAUGAGUAUUUCCUGGAUUACGUUCGUUACUCGUUCCUCAUGAAUCUGCGCAGAAACCUGCCCAAAAGCGUCCUGGAUAAGAGCUGGCCGGCUCCUCCUGCUGCUCUCUCUGAUGCCUCAGAGCAGCUGCGUAAGCUGUGUAUGCAGAACAUGGUGUGGAGCUACUGCAAGAAGAUCAACCCAGAGUGGAAGCUCCAGAUGGAGCAGAAGAUGAUCGCCAGUGAACUCUUUAAAGACAAGAAGGACAACUAUCCUCAGAGCGUUCCCAAACUCUUCGUCAGCACCAGACUCAACGGAGAGGACCUCAACCCCAAAGUGCUUCAGGCUCUGGGCAGCGAGAAGAUGAAGUAUGCGGUUCCCGUCACAAAGUACGACCGGAGAGGAUACAAACCUCGACCCCGGCAGCUGCUGCUCACCUCAAACUGCGCCGUCAUCGUGGAGGAAGGAAAACUCAAACAACGCAUCGAGUACGAAGCGCUGAAAGGUAUCUCCGUCAGCUCCCUCAGUGACGGCGUGUUCGUUCUGCACGUGCCCAGUGAGGACAACAAGCAGAAGGGAGACGUGGUUCUGCAGAGCGAUCAUGUGAUCGAGACUUUGACCAAGAUCGCGAUCUGUUCGGACAAAGUCAACAGCAUCAACAUCACCCAGGGCAGUAUAAAGUACAGCGUGGCUCAGGGGAAGGAGGGGAUCAUCGACUUCACGCCCGGAUCAGAACUCCUGGUGGCCAAAGCCAAGAAUGGACACCUGUCUGUGACGGCUCCAAGACUGAACUCCAGAUGAUGACACACACACACACACACACACACACACACACACACACACACACACACACCCCUCCUCCAAUCAGACGCCAGCUGUCACUACAGGUGGAAUGUGCUUCCAAUAACAGAAAAGACAAAAAAAAUACAAAUCCAGCAAACUAAUUGAUAUAUUUAUGUUUAUAUAUUAUAUUUUUGGGGCGUUAAUACUGUUGCUGUUUGAAUAUUUUCUGAUUUUAUAUACGAGGCCAAGGAAUAACAAAUAUCGCGGUGCGUUUUUCUCGCACCGCGUGUUUAAUGUGCUUUAUUUUUGGGAACUUGACCAAGAAAACAAUGAGGGAAGGUUGUCAGAAUAAGAGGAGAAGUCGUCGAUGAAAACCAGGGUUUGUUUCUUGCCUCAAAUGAAAUGUAUUUACUUUCAACUUUUCUAACUGGGGGUUGUUUUUGAAGGUGGGCAGAGUAGAGGGUCUGGGAUUGAAGGGAUCCUUGUGUUUUGAAUAAGAGAUUCUGUGGGAUUCACUACAAGAAACUGAAGAGUAAAAGCAUGUGAGAGACGGCGAGAGGAAGGUGAACAGGAAGCUGAAAGACGUGCCUUUCCUUCUUUUUUUUGACUAAUUUAUUCGAUAUUAACGGAUGAAAACCAUGACACUCAACGGGAGAAUGAGUCGAGUUCAGUUUAGAUUAAUACCCUGAAUUUUUCCCCAUGUCCUCCCUGCUUUGCCUCCCCCCCUCACCUGACACUGAACUGCUCUGAUGUUUUUACUUUAGAUUAAUAUUCAAUAUCUUUCUCUGUAUUUGAAAAGCAUUUAUUCCAAAAAGUGCGACUAAAACUCAUUUAAAGCCAUAUUAAGUCGGGAUAGAUGUGAUAUAUUCUGAUUUGUGAUUUGUGCAGACAAUCAAUUAUCAUGAUAUUUUUUGACCAAAUGAGUCAAUAUUGAAAUGCCAAAAACAUGGUGAUUUUUGAUGAUCUGUAAUGUUGUUAUUUUCUUAUUUUACUUUAGGAAAUCUGUGUUGUUAUAUAGACUAAAUAAAGACAAAAAAACUUCAUAUUUGAGAGGCUGAAAACAGCAUUUAGAGACAUUUUCUUGCAUGAAAAAUGCAGCUCUAAUGGCACAUACAAAUAUAUUAAACUGUUCCUUUGAUACCAGAAAAUAUAAAACAUUCAGAGGAUUUUCAGGGUAGAAAAUAUCUUCUUGUUAUGCAAUACUAAAAAUAGUAAUAAAAUAUUUCUACACUAUAAAAAGUUAAAUAUUUUUAGUAAAAUAUUUCUACACUAUAAAAAGUUAAAUAUUUUAGUAAAAUAUGUCUACACUUUAAAAAGUUAAAUAUUUUAGUAAAAUAUGUCUACACUUUAAAAAGUUAAAUAUUUUAGUAAAAUAUGUCUACACUUUAAAAAGUUAAAUAAUUUAGACAAUUGUUUCUACACUAUAAAAAGUUAAAUAUUUUUAGUAAAAUGGUUCUACACUAUAAAAAGUUAAAGAAAUGAUUCAAAUACUUCCGCACCAAACAUAGUAAAAAGAAAAUCUGAAAUACUUGUACACUAAAAAUAUCCCAGCAGUUCAGAUGAAGGUUUCCUGCAGAACAUUUCUCCGUCUAGCGUUGCCCAGAGACUGAUCCUCUUAAAGUUUCAAAUUAAAAACUUUGAAGAGGAGCUCGAACAUUUAGUUAUUUGUUGUUCUCGACGACGUGACUUCCUCUGUGCACGGCUCUGCACUUAAAAAGAACUAGCCAAAGAUUUUUGAUUUCUAGUGAUUCUGUGUUGUAUGAUUUCUAUGAUGAUAUUAUUAUAUUGUUGUUUUUCAGGAGGGAGAUCUAUAUGUACAGUUUGUGUUAUAAAUGAGAGGAAAAGCUUCGAUGCAAACGUGUUCCUGUGCCUUGUUUGAUAAAGAAACUGCAGAUUUAUGUGGAGUUAUGAGAUAAAGAAACUAAACAUGCUCCUGUGUUUUGAAUCACUGAUGCACUCCUGACUUACUGUAUGCACCAAACCAAUGUAUGAUUAUACAAACACACUAAAAGAUGAGAUACUAAAGAUUUGAAAAUAAAUUUGAAAAAUUAAAA